UGGCGUUUUUUAGGGAGGGCGGUUAUAGUAUUUUUUAACUCUCGUACGAAAACUGGUAACAUUGUAGGCUGUAAAUGAUUGAAAAUGUCAAGAAGUUCAAAAAUAUCUCAAAGAGCUAAUUAUGAUUCAAAUAGAAAUUUGGUGGAAAUUAAAAGUAAGUUUGAGGCAGAGUUUCGAAGGUUUUCUCUCGAUCGCAGUAAGCUGACAGCAUACGAAGAGUUUUACAAGCAGAUUGAGCAUUUACACAGGCUGUAUGAUUUACCAUUUACACUCUGCUAUACCGACCCAAUUCAUGGUGACCUGCUGCCAAUCAAUAACGAUGACAACUUUGCACGGGCAGUGUCAGCUGCAAAACCACUGCUCAGAAUUAUAAUACAGAGGAAAGGAGAGAGUUGGGAGCAGCUAAAUGGUUAUGGAAAUGCCAGCAAAAAACGGAACUUUUUGAGUCAGUAUCUUCUCCCGUCUACUCCAAAAUCCAAACCACAAAUUUCAAUCAGUCUACCAGAAGACUUCCGUCAGGUGUCCUCCAUUAUUGAUGUAGACAUUGUUCCAGAGACAUGUCGCCGGGUAAGAUUGGUAAAACAUGGGUCUGACAAACCACUGGGAUUUUACAUCAGAGAUGGCACAAGUGUGCGGGUCACACCCCAGGGUCUUGAGAAAGUCCCUGGGAUUUUCAUCUCGCGACUUGUUCCUGGGGGUCUUGCAGAAAGCACUGGCUUGCUUGCCGUUAAUGAUGAGGUAUUGGAAGUAAAUGGCAUCGAGGUAGCCGGAAAGACUUUAGAUCAAGUGACGGACAUGAUGGUGGCUAACUCAUCCAAUUUAAUCAUCACCAUCAGGCCAGCAAACCAGAGUUGUGUGUCUUAUCCUCGGCGGGGGUCGAUAGGUCGGUCUUCACAACUCUCCCACGGUUCUCAACAGUCAAAUACAUCACUGGCCAGCGAUGAUGACAGAUACGAUGAAGAUGAAAUCAGAGAUCACACUGCAGUGUUGUACACUGAAGAAGAUGAGGAAAUUAAAAACAGCGACAAUGGGGUUGUCACCUUGUAACAUACAUUUAUACACGAGUCAGCUUUUAUUUUUCAUUAGUAAGAUAUCAUGAAUGUUUUCGAUUUGUAAACCAGCCUCUUUACAUUUUUAUCUAAUGGAGUGGUUUGACAGUAUGUUGUAUUAGAAGUUCUAAUCUUAUUUAUAAGAAAAAAGUAAUUUACUAGAUCCUAGAUCUUAAUUUUUUAUUAAAAGAAAAGGUUGAUUUUAAGCAUUGA